UAAACAAUGUUAGUAGUGAAAUCAAAGACGUGAAGAAUUAAUAUUAUAUUUGCACAAUGUCGAUCUAUUAAAAACCCUAAAAAAUGGGUUCGAAAAGUUUCUUGCAAUGGGUAACACUUUUGCUAGCUUUAUUAGCUGAGUUUAAUAUUGGAAAUGGCCUCAAAAGAGGACCACAUCAUCCAAGAAGUGAACAGACGAAAACUAAGAAAGUCGAUCAACAUUUAACACAUGAAGAACAUCGAAUUGAAGAUGAUUUACAAGAAAUGGGCAUCAAUGUAAACCUUGAUGAUAUGACGGAAGAUGAAAAACAUUUUUAUUAUUUUAAAAUACACGACAACGAUAAAAAUGAUGCAUUGGAUGGUUUGGAGAUGCUGCAAGCAGCACUCCAUCAAGACGACUCAUUCAAAAAACUAGACCGAGAGACUUAUCUGCAAAAUGCUUCCGAUGAACUGAAUCAUAUUGUCGAGGUAAUCGACGAAUUCCUUUUAAUUGCGGAUACCAAUAAAGAUGGAUUCCUACACUAUCCAGAAUACAUGAAGGCUGUUUCCGAAAGCAAAGAAGUUGAACAAAACUUAAUAUAAAAGACUUUUUUUGUUUUUUAAUUUUUAAGUAGUAUAUUUGCAUACUGUAUAAUGUAUAUAUAUAAAAAAAUAACAUUACUUCCUCAUAAUUUUGUUGAAAUUUCCAACAUAUUUACAAAUUCUGCCAUUUCUA